AUGUUAAGGGUGAUUAGAGAGGAGAUAAAGAUAGGAUCGGAAGAAGUGAAAGGGCAGGAAAGGGAGAUAAGGGAGGAAAUAAGGGAAGAAAUGGAAAAAUUGAAAAAACAAAUGUGCAAAAGGGAGCAGCAGUGGAUUGAGGAAAGAAGGGAGCUGAGGGGGGAGGUCGGGGAGCUGGGUAAGAGAUUAGAAGCCGUGGAAUUACGAAAAAGCGGGGAAUUAGAAAAUGAAGAGGAGAGGUUAGCAAAGGUAGAGCAGGAGAGGAUAGCGGACGAGGCAUGCGGACAGAAGGAGGGAGUAGCAGGGAUGGCAAGGAAAGCGAUAGAGACAGUUAGGGAGAUGGAGUGGUCGCUAGAAAGAAAAGAAAGGGGAGUGCGUAGGGAGAACAUAAUUCUCAAAAGAACGAAUAUAGUAAAGGGGAAGGAAAAAGAAGGGGUGCAGGUUGGGGUAAUGGGGAUGUGGGAAGUGGGGGCAAAAGGGGUGUGGGUAGCAAAGUUAGGAAGCAGAGAUCAAAAGAGGCAGGUGAUGGAGAAGAAAAGGGAGUUGAGAAGGAGGAUUGAGAGAAUAGAGGAUGACCUCACUUGGGUGGAAAGAAAAAUGCAAUGGAAAUUAAGAGAGAUAGCAUCGACAGUGAAGCAAGAGAGAAGUAGAGUAAGAGUAGGAUAUGGGAAAUUAUGGAUAGAUGGGGAAGUAUGGAAGUGGGACGAGCUAGGGGAGGUGCUCAGGGAUGUGGCGGGUAGAGUGCGGGGGGUGCAAGGUGUAGUCAGCGACGUGGACGGUGCGGUAGGGGGCGUUCUGCAAGAGGGCGAUUUGUUGAAGCAGGGAGGGACGAAGGCGGGGGAAGGGAUAGUGGGGUGA